AUGCUUUUCUUUAUAGUCGUCCUUUGCUGCUUCUGCACAAAGAACACUCUCCUAGUCUUUCUCAUUCCAUUUUCUCUUUAUUCCUUUCUCUUUUCAUUUCCUGUUUAUUCCUUUCUAUUUUUCUUUGUGGUUUUAUUCACCCUUUCUCUUUCUAUUUUCUCUUUUUUUUCUUUCUUUAUUCCUUGUGUUAUUAUUCAGCCUUUCACUUCCUCUUUAUUCCUUUCUCUCUUCAUUAUAUAUUUAUUCAGUCUUUCUCUUUACAUUCUCCCUUUCUCUCCUUCCUGUGUAUUUAUUCAGCCUUUCUCUUCCCAUUCACCCUUUAUUCCUUUUUCACUCUUCCUGCACAUUUAUUCUGCCUUUCUCAUUCCAUCCUCUUUUUAUUCUUUUCUAUUUUCCCUGCACAUUUAUUCAGCUUUUCUCUUUUCAUUCUCUCUUUAUUUCUUUUUCUCUUCCCUGCACAAGUAUUCAGCCUUUAUCUUUCCAUUCACCCUUUAUUACUUUUUCUCUUUUCUGUGCAUUUAUUCUACUUUUCUCUUUCCAUUUUCUCCUUAUUCCUUUCUCUCUUCCCUGCGCAUUUAUUCAGCUUUUCUCUUUUCAUUCACCCUUUAUUCCUUUUUCUCUUUUCUGUGCAUUUAUUCAGCCUUUAUCUUUCCAUUCUCCCUUUAUUCCUUUCUCUCUUCUGCUUGCUUUUAUUAUUCUUUCACAAAAGAACAGAUAAAGAGGAUAUUUAUUAUUAGAGAGAAGUUAUAG